AUGAAGGAACAAAUAAAACGAUUCGAAGCCAAACUUAAAAUUUUUAGUUAUGGAAAGGAACUACUACAGAAAAAGCUUUCUGAUGCUGCUAACAAUUUUAAGGAAACAAGGAACUUAAUUCUGAAAACUGAGAAAGAAAUGAAAGAGGUCAUUUCAAAAAAUGCAAAAGACCUCUUACAAGAACUUGAAGCAAAAUGGAAACCAUUAGAAAAUAUCAUCAAAACAGAACUUCUGACAACCACAAGGAACAUAGAGAAGAUGGAAACCGAGAAGAAUAAUAUGUACCAAGCAUUGCAGUCUCAUCAAGCCAUAGACAUUUUCUUUACAAGCAAAACUUUAGAUAAGUCAUUGCCACAAUAUUCACAUAAAAAAAUCAAAAUAAAUAAAACAAAUUUUAUUCCCGCAAAUAUGGAAGUGAAAAAAGGAGGCCAGUCAGUGUUGGGUGAUAUUUAUACAAUUCUGGACUUGGAACUUAUAAACACUUAUCAUAGUAACGUUGAAAAUGUAACAAACAUAGUAUUCUGCAGUGACAAAACAGCAUUUAUAGGAAGUGCCAUUGGUAAAAAAAUACAAAAAAUAAUAUUUGAAACUGAAAAUAUCAAAGUAGAAAGAGAAAUUAAAACAGAAGUAUAUGAUAUGGCCUUGAUUAAGGACCAUGAUAUGCUUGUGUCAACUGGAAAAAGUGAUCUUUUAAUAUAUACCAAAGAUGGACAAUUUACCACAUUUAAGUCUUUUCCCACCUUUAUUACUGUAAGUGUUCAUGUUACUAAAGACAAAAAGAUAAUAGUAGGGUUAAUAGAAGAUAGUCCUGAUGGAUUACUUAUUACAAAAGAUAGUCACAGAAAAGUUGUUAUUAUGAACCAGGAUGGGGACAUACAACAUACUAUUGAAUAUGAUAGGAACAAUCAGAGAUUGUUAACAUUUCCUAAUCGAGUUAAAAGUUUCAAUAAUAAGAUAGUAGUUGUAGAUAUUAUGAACAAGGAAUGGGAGGGUAAGGUAGUAAUGUUUGAUUAUGGGGGACAACUCCAUUGGACCUACAAUGGAUGUAAUUGCAUCAUUUCUGAUCAGGUUAAGUUUUACCCAACAGAUGUGGCAAUAACCUCGACAGCAAUGAUUUUAGUUUCUGACCAAUACAAUUAUGCUUUACAUGUAUUAAGUCCUGCUGGAGAGCUAAUUGUAUGUAAAGAUGUAAAAGUUUUGGGCAUAAAAUUACCUAUCAGUCUUGCUAUUGACAAUAAUGAAGUUUUAUGGAUUGGAUGUAACACAUGGACAACAGAUGAAAUUAAAAAAGCUAAGAUAAUUUGUGUUAAACUAAGUUAA